CGUAGCAGCUGCAAGGCUGAGAGGGAGAGAGAGAGAAAGAGUCUCACAGAGGAGCAGAAAGACGACGAGCAGGAGGAGAACAGUGAGCGGGAGGGUAUGAACCAUGAGUCCAAAAAAUCACCACCAUUAGGAAUGAUCUCCACAGCAACUCGCACCACGGCUACUGUCAGUCCCAUCAGCCCACUAACCAAUGGGAACGCAGUUGCCCAAUCUGCAAACUCUGGAUUCGCUGCUGCCCUGCGUAAACUGGCUAAACAGGCCGAGGAUCCCAGAGGUUCUGCCCUCAGUGGUGAGUCGUCUCCAGUCUCUUCCCCGGCCACCAGACACAGUUCGCCCGUCACCACCCCUAAGCGAGGCUCAUUAGGGCCCCUCCUGGGCCAGACCAGGGGCCACAGUGUCCCCAGCACCCCUCCAGUUGUCACCAUUGCCCCCACCAAGACCAGCAACGGCCUGUGGAGGGCCGACGGACGACAGGUUGAGUCGAGUGUUCAGGGACUCAGUAGGGAGCGGGUGGGUGCUGAGAACACCCAGCCACAACAGGAUAAGAGGACUCCGCCUCACCCCCUGGCUCACCCCUUUGGCCUCACCCCCAACUCUGUCAUGCAGGACCCUAGAAUACAGAGCCUUAGUUUGCCUGGGCAGAUGCACCCCGUGGUACCCUCAGGUGCCGUCCCAGAGGAAUACCUGAGAGCGCUCCGGCCCUUCGCCACCUCAGAAGACCUCCGACUGACCUCUCUACCCCUGAGCCUGGACCCUGCCGCUGCUGCCCACGCUGCAGCUGCUGCUGCUUACUAUCAUCCUGCCUACCUGCAUCACCCGCUGUCCUUACCAAGAUAUAGUCUGACUGGUUUGCCUGUGUCCAUCUGUCCAUCUGUCCGUCACAGGAUGGAGGAGUCCCUGUGUCUUUCAGCGCUGCGGUCGCAGUUCUACUCUGUGCCUGCAGGGGGCGCCUUCUCUCCUCUUCACCCCUCUGCCCUCCACUUGCACCUGCCUGGAGGCCGCUACCCAGGAGAACUAAACCAUACAGCAGCGCUAGCUGAGAGGUAACACACACAUGCAUGCGCACUCUCUCUCUCUCUCUCUCUCUCUCUCUAGGGCUGUGUAAUCUCUCUCUGCAGGGUAGGCACAGGUUGCUGAGUGUGUGAUAUUUAUAGCACACACCCCACAGUGCCUCCUAUACACUCAACACACACACUGCCCUUCACACACACACUGCACACCCAUACACAUGCAUAUCCAAGCCAGUGCAUACAUUCAAUUUCACACAUAAGGAAGUCUCUUUCUUUUUUUCUCUCCAUUUUCCUUCAGCACUUUGAGCUCCUUUCUCAGUUUCACAAUACACAGUGUUCCCCUGUGGCAUAAUGCACAGGGGAAAUGUCUGUGUUUGAAAUGGAUGGUAUUUAUUGUCUAGUUCUGUAAUGGCUCCUGCGUAUCCUGUAGGUUUGUUUGUGUGCUAUUGAUUGCUGCUGAAUGUGUUCUGGUGUGUGUGUGUG